AUGCACUGCGAAAAUGCGACCGGCUGCGAAAGCUGUGCAUUCACUGCUAGUGCAACUGUAGAGCCAAAACGGAAGGCCACCGCAUGCUCGCGACUGCACCACCAAAGACUUCACGCGAGGGCACACGAACAAACUGCACCUUAUCAGAUGUUUGAUGCCGCAAACGACGUCGCACGACAUGACGGCAAAAUCUGUGGCAAUGCUGUCGCAGAGGUUGUUUUGAACAUGACACAACGCCUUCGUUCCACGACGACGGCUUGGGACGAUGCCCACACGAACCAGUGCCAAUUGCCGGGAUAG